GGACAAUCCGCAGCUCCUCCAUCUCAUUCUUCCCCCCAUCCCAUCCCCAAGGUUGACCGGCGAAAUCAGCAGUCCGAGAACCGCGAGCUUCUGCCUGAUCCAGCCUCAUCCCGCCAUGGACGAAUCUGAGGAGCACAGCAACGGCGGCGGGCACCCCCACCCGCACCACGGGUACGAGUGGAAGUUCCCGGCGGCGCUGAGCGCGAACACGACGAGCGUGCACGUGACGGCGCUGGACGGCGUGGUGAACGUGAACUCGCUGUUCACGGUGGCCGUGUUCGUGGGGCUGUCGCUGGCGACCCCGGGGCAGCUGCGGAGCCUGGCGGGGGACCCGCGGUGCGACGCCGGCCCGGGCGUGGCGCGGUCGCUGCUGGUGCUGGAGGUGGUGGCCUUCUCGUCCUUCCUCUUCUCCAGCCUGGUGGCGCAGGGCCUGAAGCUGGCGCUCAACCUCAUCAACUCCAAGGACCCGCACGACGCGGCGCGCGCCCACAUCGACGCCCGCGUGCUCCGCCUCGGCAUGCUCGCCUCCGCCGUCGGAUCCGUCGUCGGCUGCGUCUUCCUCAUGACGUCCAUGGUCAUGGUCGUGCAGGUCCGCCUCGGCACGCUGAGCUGCCCCACCGACCGCGCCGCCGCCAAGGCCGCCGCGGGCCUCGUCGGCCUCGUCACCACCGCGCUCGCCUUCUACGUGGGCACCGUCUUCUACACCUUCACCCACUGAUGCCAGUUCCAUGCGUCCGUGCGCUGCAUCCCAAAUCCAUCUAGCGUUGCGUUGCGUUGCAAAGGGCACAUCGCCAUCAGUGGUGUCGGUGUGCGAGGAAAUUGAAAGGAGGACCUGCAAUCUGCGUUAUUACUUUGAUCUGAUGCGCUGUUCGUUUUUGUUCGUGACUAAAGUUUAGAUAGUGUUGGAUAUUAGUUAUGAAUAUUAAAUAUAGACUUAAUUAAGUUUAAUAAAUUCAUCUGAUCUUUUAUUUUCAUAUGUGUAAUUAGUUUUAUAAUUAAACUACUUGUAAUUGUCAUCAAACAUUCGACAGAUACUAAACUUUUGAUUACAACC